CCUUUUAUUCUGAAGGGUCCGGCGGAAGUGGAGAAUGCUGACAUGAGUAGCCGAUGAUUGGGUUUAAGAUAGUAAAAGUCUCGGUUCGGAAGGAGAAGCGGGUUCUGUUAGACCGUUUUCAGAGUUCGGCUACAUCGGUCAGCUGUUAGCUCUGUUAGCUGCUGUCCGGGAAGAACACUCAGUUCCUGUUCUAUUAGCAGGGCAGCUAACUAACUAACUAACUAUUAGCCUGAGUUAGCAGCUAGCAGUUAGCUCCGCUGAUGCCGGCGAUGCUGGAGAGAAACCCGGAUGCUCCGGGGAAGAGGAGAGGCCGAGCCCCGGCGGGCCUGUCCUCUUCCCCGGGACCCGGAGGGCCCGGGGGGAAGAGUCUGUCCGGGAACGGAACCGGCACCAACAACUGCUGGGAAGAGGGAAGCUCCGGGUCCAGCAGCGACGAGGAGCAUGGUGGAGGAGGGAUGCGGGUCGGAGCUCAGUACCAGGCCGUGGUUCCAGACUUUGACCCAGAUGUAGCCCAGGCGGCUCAGCGCAGAGACAACCUGGGCAUGUUGGUCUGGAUCCCCAGCAGCUGUCUGAACCAGACUCAGGUGGACGAGUACAUCGCCCUGGCCAAAGAGAAACACGGAUACAACAUGGAGCAGGCUCUGGGGAUGCUCUUCUGGCAUAAACACAACAUAGAGAAGUCUCUGGCCGACCUGCCUAACUUCACCCCGUUCCCUGACGAGUGGACCGUGGAGGACCGCGUCCUGUUUGAGCAAGCCUUCAGCUUCCACGGGAAGAGCUUCCACCGCAUCCAGCAGAUGUUACCUGAUAAGUCCAUGGCCAGUCUGGUCCGCUUCUAUUACUCGUGGAAGAAGAGUCGCAGUAAAACCAGUCUGAUGGACCGACAGACCCGAAAACACAAGAGAGAGAGAGACAGUGAUGAUGACGUGGAAGACAGAAACAUGAGCCCUCCCAGUGACUCAGAGUUACCCCCGAAUAAAGACGACAAGAAGGAGGUGAGUUGUGGAUCGGAGAGGUCAGAGGUCAAACCAGCUGCUGGACUCAAGACGGGCAGUAAGGCGUCCCAGCGGCUGAAGAAGCGCCCCCCCAGAGGGAUGUUCCUGAACCAGCAGGACGUGGUUUCUCUCUCGUCCUCAUCUGCUCAGGGAGUCAUCAGACACCUGGACUGUCAGCUGGUGUCCAUCAAGAGACAGAUUCAGACCAUCAAACAGUCCAACAGUUCUCUGAAGGAGAAAAUCAGCUCAGGAGUAGACGAGUUCAGACAGCCCGAGGCGAAUCAGAAGUUUAACAAUCGUUGGACCACAGAGGAGCAGCUGCUCGCUGUACAAGCCAUCAGGAAGUAUGGGCGGGACUUCCAGGCGAUCUCAGACGUGAUUGGUAACAAGUCUGUGGUGCAGGUGAAGAACUUCCUGGUGAACUACAGACGGAGGUUCAACCUGGACGAGGUUCUGCAGGAGUGGGAGGCGGAGCACGGGAUGGAGGGGGGGGGCGGUGGGGAGGGGGGGGACGGGGGGGACAAGAUGGAGGACAAGAUGGAGGAGUGUCCCGCUGAAGACGACGAUGGCUCUGCCAAGGACACAAAGGAGGACUCCGAUUCCCAGAAGCCCCUGGCCUCCUGACUCUCUGACUCCGCCCCUCUGCUUUUAUGACAUAACUUUUAGUUUAUUAUAUUUUAUUUUUAGUGUGUUGGACUUUAAACGGUUUGAUCCCGCCUCCCUGCUCUCUCUGGACGAAUCAGAAAUCGGACCUGCCAGUCAAAGUGGGCGGGGCCUGAUGUUUUUUUCAUUCUAAUGUUUUUAAUCUUCUGUCUGUGUGUUUGUUGGGGUGGCGGCCAUGUUGGAUGAUGUCACUCAGGGAGGGGGGGGGGGUGACUGUAAAACCAAAGGUCAUCAAUAAAUGAAUUUCUUCUUCA